AUGCCGGAAGCCACCACAACAAGCGACACAACCUCGAGCACGUCCUCCAAGCUGGCGUCGGCGCGCGACAAGGCCAGUGACAAGGCCAGCGAACUCCACGAGAAGGCGUCGGACAAAGCGCACGAGCUUAAGGACAAGGCGUCCGACAUGUCGAGCAAGGUGGCCGAGAAGGCGCGCGAUGCCAAGGACAAGGUCACGGGCAACACCAAGGCCAGCGACAGCACCACCAACCCGAACUAG